UUUAAUUUUAAUUUUAAUUUUAAGUUCUGGUGUACAUGUGCAGAAUGUGCAGGCUUGUUACAUAGGUAAAUGUGUGCCAUGGUGGUUUAUUGCAUCUAUCAAUCCAUCACCUAGGUAUUAAGCCCAGCAUGCAUUAGCAGCACUCUUAACACACAAUUAAACUCACAUGUAAUGAGAUUACUUCUCAUUACUCCACACCAUAGUAGUCUAUUUUACAGAUGAAGAAACUGAGGCUCAGGGAGGCUGAGAGAUUUACCUGGAGUCAAUCAAUUAUUGAUCUGGAAGCGUCCGAUCACCGGGUCUUCUGAAAUAAUGACAGCAGCAACAAUUAACAUUAUGUUUACUAUGCCAAAUGCUAUGCUCAGCAUUUUACCUGCAUCACAAUCCUGAUUCCUUUGGGCAGUUAGAUAGGUUCCGUUUUAACCGAAUUUAGGGAGGAGGAAGCUGAGGCUCAGAGAGGUAACUUGCCCUAGGUACCCGGGGUAGUCAGUUGAAAAGUCAAGACUCAGACCUCGAUCUGACUAACUCCAAAGAAACCCGUGCCAUUCUGCCUCUCGGAAAACACUGCUCCCAGCUGCACAGUUCAAAACCCCACCCAAGCCGGCCCUGAAUCGCUGUCAGUCGGCUUCAGCCGAAUCGCACUUUGUUUUGAACAACGAUACAGAGGGCGCUGCCUGACGUCAGUCUGGGGGCUUGGGGGAGAAGAUGGGGGUCCAGGGUGGAAGUGUAGGUGCUGGGGCUGUGCCAGAGGGAGAGUGUCCGGGACCAGCGGGCGAGUCACGUGCGCGUGAAACUCGACCUAAGGGGAGGGGAAGGGAAGGGAGCCCCCGCCCCCACCUCGGGGCGCAGCUCUGGACGCGUGUAAAUACAACUAUCAACUCCGCAGAUCCACUUCUUCCAAGCCCGGCUUCGCAGACCUCUGGCCCCCGGCGGGUUCCCAGUUCCCCCGCUUCUUCCGAGGGGACAGCGGAGGCGAGGCCACCGGGCUGUCAGGCUGAAGCUCCGUGGCAGCCGGGUCCCGCACGCAGAGAAGACCCCAGCGCGGGCGCGGCUCAGGGCUGGGCCAGCGGGACUCCGGACGCGCCGCGAAAGCGUUGCGCUCCCCGAGCCGUCCGCUGCUGCUGGCUGCUCAUUUGCCGGUGACCGGAGGCCCCCGCUCGCUGCACUUCCUCUGCUUAGAGCUGCGCGUUUGCCAGAGUUCCAGCGGACCUCCGGGAGCGCUUGAACCCAAAGCCCCAUUUCACAGAUGAGAAUACCGAGACCCCCUGGAAGAAGUGACUGGUGCUUCCUCCCCUCGCUCUGGAUCUUUCUUGCCCUUCUCCUCUCCGCUUUCCUCGGUCUCACCCCGGUUGUAGCUCCCCGCCCCCGCGCCGCCCGCGUUCCCUAUCCUCCCGCCGAGGCUGCAGCGGCCGUGGCGGGGGGAGCUGGGGCUCCUUCCCUCCCUCUGGUAAACACACACGCCCGCCAGCCCAUCCGCCACCGCUGCCCUUAUAAAGUCGGCAGCCGCCAGACUUCCUGCCGAAGUCCGAGCCCCCUCCCAGGGCUGGAGGGGGCAGGUGGGUUCCGAGGUGCAAAGCCUGGUGCCCCGCGCCCUGCGGAGCUCGCGGCCAGCAUGGCCCCCACGCUGCAACAGGCGUACCGGAGGCGCUGGUGGAUGGCCUGUACGGCUGUGCUGGAGAACCUCUUCUUCUCUGCUGUGCUCCUGGGCUGGGGCUCCCUGCUGAUCAUGCUGAAGAACGAGGGCUUCUAUUCCAGCAUGUGCCCAGCUGAGAACAGCACCAACAGCACCCAGGAUGAGCAGCGCAGGUGGCCGGGCUGUGACCGGCAGGACGAGAUGCUCAACCUGGGCUUCACCAUCGGUUCCUUUGUGCUCAGUGCCACCACCCUGCCACUGGGGAUCCUCAUGGACCGCUUUGGCCCCCGACCCGUGCGGCUGGUUGGCAGUGCCUGCUUCGCUGCGUCCUGCACCCUCAUGGCCCUGGCCUCCCGGGACGUGGAAGUUCUGUCUCCGUUGAUAUUCCUGGCGCUGUCCCUGAAUGGCUUUGGUGGCAUCUGCCUAACGUUCACUUCACUCACGUUGCCCAACAUGUUUGGGAAUCUGCGCUCCACGUUAAUGGCCCUCAUGAUUGGCUCUUAUGCUUCUUCUGCCAUCACAUUCCCAGGAAUCAAGCUGAUCUACGAUGCCGGUGUGGCCUUCGUGGUCAUCAUGUUCACCUGGUCUGGCUUGGCCUGCCUUAUCUUUCUGAACUGCGCCCUCAACUGGCCCGUAGAAGCCUUUCCUGCCCCUGAGGAAGUCAAUUACACGAAGAAGAUCAAGCUGAGUGGGCUGGCCCUGGACCACAAGGUGACAGGCGACCGCUUCUACACCCAUGUGACCACUGUGGGCCAGAGGCUGAGCCAGAAGGCCCCCAGCCUGGAGGACGGGUCGGAUGCCUUCAUGUCGUCCCAGGAUGUUCGGAGCACCUCAGAAAACUCUCCUGAGAGGUCUGUCCCCUUCCGCAAGAGCCUCUGCUCCCCCAUUUUCCUGUGGAGCCUCCUCACCAUGGGCAUGACCCAGCUGCGGAUCAUCUUCUACAUGGCUGCCAUGAACAAGAUGCUGGAGUACCUUGUGACUGGAGGCCAGGAGCAUGAGAUGAAUGGACAGCAGCAACAAAAGGUGGCAGAGACAGUUGGGUUCUACUCCUCCAUCUUCGGGGCCAUGCAGCUGUUGUGCCUUCUCACCUGCCCCCUCAUUGGCUACAUCAUGGAUUGGCGGAUCAAGGACUGCGUGGACGCCCCAACUCAGGGCACUGUCCUCGGAGAUGCCAGGGAUGGGGUUGCUACCAAAUCCAUCAGACCACGCUACUGCAAGAUCCAAAAGCUCACCAAUGCCAUCAACGCCUUCACCCUGACCAACCUGCUGCUUGUGGGUUUUGGCAUCACCUGCCUCAUCAACAACUUACACCUCCAGUUUGUGACCUUUGUUCUGCACACCAUUGUUCGAGGUUUCUUCCACUCGGCCUGUGGGAGUCUCUAUGCUGCAGUGUUCCCAUCCAACCACUUUGGGACGCUGACAGGCCUGCAGUCCCUCAUCAGUGCUGUGUUCGCCUUGCUUCAGCAGCCACUUUUCAUGGCGAUGGUGGGACCCCUGAAAGGAGAGCCCUUCUGGGUGAAUCUGGGCCUCCUGCUAUUCUCACUCCUGGGAUUCCUGUUGCCUUCCUACCUCUUCUACUACCGUGCCCGGCUCCGGAAGGAGUACACUGCCAAUGGGAUGGGCCCACUGAAGGUGCUUAGUGGUUCUGAGGUGACUGCAUAGACUUCUGAGACUAAGGGACCUGCAUGACAGGCAAUCAAGGCCUGAGCAACCAAAAGGAGUGCCUCAUAUGGCUUUUCUACCUGUAACAUGCACAUAGAGCCAUGGCCGUGGAUUUAUAAAUACCAAGAGAAGUUCUAUUUUUGUAAAGACUGCAAAAAGGAAAAAAAAAAAAAAACCCUGCAAAAAGGUCCCCCAAAGCAACGCUCCACUGACUGAAGACAGUCCCUGUCCUGGAGGGGUUGAGCCUUCUUCCUCCUUGGGUUGGAGGAGACCAGGAUGUGGAGCUGUCUCUUAUCUCUUUCUAGGGGUCUGCUUCCUGGUGCCUCUUGGGGGGGAUUGGCAAACAGGCUAUCCCUAAGGUCCCAUGUGCCAUGAGUAUGCACACAUGCAUGUGUCUGUGUGUGUGAGAAUGUGAGAGAGACACAGCCUUCCUUUCAGAAGGAAAGGGGCCUGAGGUGCCGACUGUGUCCUGGGUUGGGGGUUGGGGGUCGGCCCCUUCCAGGGGCAGGAGGGCGGGUUCCCUCUCUGGUGCUGCUUCUUGCAAGUCUUAGAGGAAAUAAAAAGGGAAGUGAGAGACUG